AUGGCUCUCCUCGCCCCCGCCAUCUCCGGCGAGGUUGGUUUGCGGCUCUUAUUGGCGCCGCUAAGCUCUAACAUAGUCAUCCGUACAGCCAGUUGUGCUGUGGGGAUCGGUCUACCUGUAUACUCCACUUUCAGAGCUAUAGAGAAGAAGGAUGAAGAAGAGAAAGAGCGGUUGCUUUUGUAUUGGGCAGCAUAUGGAUCUUUUAGCAUUGCUGAAGUGUUUGCAGAUAAGCUUCUUUCAAGUGUUCCUCUCUAUUAUCAUGUGAAGUUUGCUAUCCUUGUGUGGCUCCAGUUCCCUUCAAACAGUGGAUCAAAGCAUGUAUACAAAAGAUACCUGCGCCCAUUUUUCCUGAAACAUCAAGCAAAAAUUGAUAGGUUUCUGAAUAUUCUGUCAAAGGAACUUAUGAAGUUUGUGAGCAGCCAUGAAGAUGAAAUUCGUUUUAUAGAGAACAUGGCCAUCAGAGGCGCUACAACAGCAAACUACAUUGUAAAUGGCCUCGACCAACCUGAAGAAACACGAGCGGUUAAUACAUUUGAGGGUCGAAAUACAACUGUGACGGAAGAAGCUGGUGUGUCAGGAACUGAAACUUAA